AUGUCUCAUUACGAAAGUAAUAAUCUUCCUGAAAAUGAAUAUUCACAAUUCAGUGAAUAUCCACCACAAAUUAGCACACAAAUUUCACAGGACAAUCCCGAUGAAGUUUCCUCACCUUUAUUAACUGAUACUCAAAAUUCUUCUGGUCUUCGUUAUGGUGACAUUCCUAGACGUCAACCAAGACGUUAUAAAACUACCAAGAGAGUAGAGUUAUAUGAAGGAAAUGUAGUUAUAGACUGUCCAGUACCUUCAAAACUUUUAUCAAUGAUUCCAAGGAAAGAUGAAAUCGAAUUUAUUCAAAUGAGAUAUACGGCAUGCACUUGUGACCCUAAUGAUUUUGUAAAACAACAGUAUACACUUCGUCAAAAACAACUUCACAAUCCUCCAAGAUCAACUGAAUUAUUUAUUAUACUUACUAUGUAUAAUGAAAAUGAAGUCCUUUUUGCUCGAACUUUUCAUGGUGUGAUGAAAAACAUUGCACAUUUAUGUACCCGUAAUAAUUCACGAAUGUGGGGUAAAGAAGGGUGGAAGAAAGCAGUAGUGUGUAUUAUAUCAGAUGGUAGAUCAAAAAUUAAUGAAGUCACUUUGAAAUAUUUAGCAGCAAUAGGAGUUUAUCAAGAGGAUGGAAUAUUUCCUGUGCAAGUGAUAUUUUGCUUAAAAGAAAAGAAUGCAAAAAAAAUUAAUUCUCAUCGUUGGGCUUUCAAUGCAUUUGGUCCUAUCUUAUAUCCUAAUGUUUGUGUUCUUCUUGAUGUUGGUACUAAACCAGGAACCACUUCUAUUUAUCAUUUAUGGAAAGCAUUUGAUCUCAAUCCAAAUAUAGCAGGCGCAUGUGGUGAAAUUAUUGCUAUGAAAGGUUCUGGAGGUGUAAAUCUACUAAAUCCAUUAGUAGCUGCUCAAAAUUUUGAAUAUAAAAUUUCCAACAUUCUUGAUAAACCAUUAGAGUCAGUAUUUGGUUAUAUCACUGUAUUACCUGGUGCAUUUUCAGCUUAUCGUUAUGUUGCACUUCAAAAUGGCAAAGAUGGCAAUGGCCCAUUAGCAUCAUAUUUCUUUGGCGAGACUUUACAUGGUGAUGAUGCUGACAUUUUUAAAUCAAACAUGUAUUUGGCUGAGGAUCGUAUUUUAUGUUUUUUGCUGGUUGCAAAACCAGAAUCUUCUUGGGUAUUACAUUAUGUUAAAUCUGCUUAUGCUGAAACUGAUGUGCCAACAAGUGUGUCUGAAUUAGUGGCUCAGAGAAGGCGUUGGUUAAAUGGAUCACUCUUUGCUGGUUUAUAUGCUUUAUUUCACACUUUGGAUAUUUGGAAAACUGAUCAUUCUAAAUUUCGCAAAAUUUUAUUACAAAUUGAAAUGGUUUAUCAGGCCUUUAAUUUGGGAUUUUCAUGGUUUGGCCUGGCAAACUUAUAUUUAUCAUUUUAUAUUAUUGGUAAUUCACUCACAAAUGGAAGUGCAAUUGAAGGUUUAUGGAGUGCAACUACUGGUGAAAUUGUUUUUCAAUUCUUACGAUAUGUUUAUUUAACACUAUUAGUUCUACAGUUUAUUUUGGCAAUGGGAAAUAGGCCUCAAGGAGCAAAAUGGGCCUACAUAGUUUCAAUAAUAUUUUAUGCUGGAAUUAUGGUUUAUGUGUUAUUUGCAACAAGUUGGUUAACCUAUCGAGGUGUUCAAAUUCAAACCAAUGAUUUAAGUGAUCCUGAUGCAACAAUUUCAACAGCAAGUAUUAUAUUUGGAAAUCAAACUUUUAGAAAUAUCAUAUUGUCAGUAAUAUCAACUAUAGGCUUGUAUUUAUUGGCUAGCUUUAUGUUUUUAGAACCUUGGCAUAUGUUUACAAGUUCAAUACAAUAUUUGUUGUUGAUUCCUUUUACCAUUAAUGUAUUAAAUGUUUAUGCUUUUUGUAAUGUACAUGAUGUCAGUUGGGGAACAAAAGGUGAAACAAAAGUAAAACAAGACCCGGGACCAGUAAUCAUAACAAAUCCAGAAAAGGGUACAGCUGAAGUUGAAGAGCCAACUGAACCAAAAGAUGUUAAUCAAGCAUAUCAAGAUGCAGUAGAAGAAAUAUCAUCAUUCUACACAGAGCCACCUAAAAAGCGAUCAAAAGAUGAAAAAAUAGAUGAUUAUUAUAAAGCUUUUCGUACAAGGGUUCUUUUGGUUUGGAUUUUAACAAAUGCUGCCUUGGUAGCAGCAAUAACCAAUUCAAGUGAAACCUUAACUCAGUUAUUACCACAACAAGAUAGAUCUAAUCUUUACAUGACUUUUAUACUGUGGUCAAUUGUUGGUUUGGCUGCAUUUAGAUUUUUUG